AUGAGCAUGGACGGUGAGAGCCACCGCCACUCGCGUUCACCCCGGGGGGAGCUGGUGAGCCGUCUCACCAACACUGACAACGCCAGCAGUAAUGUCACGAAUGAGAAGAAGACCUGCCCUGAUGACAGUCCUUCCGAUACGUCGUCGAACACCCACAAGGAAAACGGAGGCGGAGCGUGGAAGCCAUCUAAUACAGCCUGUAGGCGGACGGCCACGCGUGCUAUACACAGUGGACACCGCCACGCUGCGAAGGACAAGACAAAUACUAAAAGCGAAAGGUGUCGCACAGCUAGGACUCUCGCUAUGCGAUGGCUCUCGGUGUUGAUGCAGAAACCAUCGGGUGAUGCCGUUCUCCAGGCGUACCAGGGGCAGAGGGUUGAGCAACAGCGACAUGGCCAUCAUGCUCAUCCUCCUCCUCCUCCUCAGCAGCGGCAACACCAAGACAAGGAGUUCACCGAGAAAGGCAAGGGCGAGGAGAGCGCACAUCUGGCACCCUCCGUUGCUGAUGCUGCUCGAAAAGGUGCUGCGGUCCUAAACGGCAGUACUCAUCACGGGAGCAACGCGAGCCAAGGGAGACCUCUCCCUUCUCCAAGUACCUUUGAGCCUGUCCCAGAGGAAGAGGACUCCAUCCCAAGGAUUUUGUGUUCUCUGAGAGAAAUUGCCUUAACAGGUGCUUCACUUGGGGGCUUCUCAUCCCACGAAGAUUGUGCUGCGUCAAGAGACGCUACAUCUUCACUGUUGGAUACGGGCUGUGACAGUGCAGAUGCUGGCACUGGCAAUAUAAAAGGCAAAAAUGGCAGAUCGUCGCCGUCUGCGACUGAGAGGCAAUGGGAGGAGAUUAGGAUGCACUUCGACACGGUGCGCCGUCUUGUGCAGAAUCGUGACGAAUUAGCCUCAGUAUUGGACACUGCCUUGGGAAACGGCUGGUGCCUGGAUAGCGAGGCGGUUCCAAACAAUUUGGAGCCACUAUCAAGCGUUGAAGUCACACUGCCACCGUCGCAGUCCACUAGUUCGGGGCGUGCACGGCCGUGGACGUCGCUAUAUGCAGAGGAGAUGUCCACACAGCCGAAGCUCCAAAAACAGCAAGAAGGACAGCAAAAUCGACAACAUCAGGAGAGACAUCAGCAACAACAGCCAGAUACAGGCGCUGGUCGAGGUGGUAGUACACUUAAUCACAAUGCGGCUCCCUUCGAGUCGCGGCUGCAUUCCGUCACAUCGAGCCCUUCGGUAAGCGCCGCUCCUUAUUAUUUUUCCGGUGGCUCUGCGGCACCGGUGUUUGAGGCACCCGCCAAGUCCUCUCCUGCCGCUUCUCCAUACUUUCCGUCCACGCCGCUGCUGGCGCCUAACAAUAAUGGUGGUAGUGUGGCGGUGGAGCCGGAGCGAGCCACAACUUCACCAGCGGCGACGACUGAGCAAAAGUCGACGACACCGCCAGCGAUGUCGUCUUCGUCGUCUUCACCCGCUGUACCAUUUAAAUUAGAGUCGCGUGAGGAAAUGUUGCGGCGUCGCACAGCCGCAGCGGCGGCGGCACACUACUCGAAUACAACAUCUUCCACCUACUAUGGCAGCCGCUCGCGUACCAGCUGGAGUUGUCCCGUCUCGCCACUGCUGUCCUUCAUGAAUCCUGCAGUGGGCCAUUCACAGUGCCCUUUCGAUUAUCUGCUUGUGUUGGAUUUUGAGGCAACCUGCGAGGAAACUGCUCCACCGUCGUACCUGCACGAGAUCAUCGAGUUUCCUGUAGUGGUGGUUGAUGUGAAGCUGCAGCGCGUCGUGGCUGAGUUUCACCGCUUUGUGAAGCCCAAGGUUCAGCCGCAACUGAGCGACUUCUGCCGCUGCUUGACAGGCAUUCGGCAAGAGGACAUUGACAGCGCCGCACCGCUAGAUGACGUGAUUAGGCAGUUUGAGCGGUGGUACGCCCAGACAAUUCCACCCGGCUCUCGCAUCGUAUUUGUCACGGAUGGUCCUAAUGAUUUGCGGGAGUUCAUGUACCAGCACAGUGUUUCACGGCAGGGGAUUCGUUUCCCCAGUAUGUUUUACCAGUGGAUCGACGUGAAGCGUCUCUUUGCACACUUUUUCCAGUGUCAACAAGGGAAGAUAAAAGCAAUGCUUGACGUCCUUCACUGUCCCUUUGAGGGCCGGUUGCACAGCGGAAUUGAUGAUGCCAGAAAUAUUGCAAGAAUUGUUAUACGCAUGCUGCAAGUGGGCUGUUCUUUCUGUGAGAUUCCACUCAGCCGCUUGCCAUACGCUGUCUCUACAUCAACACCAACGAUGACGACACCAUCGGCUAAACUACCGAGUAACCUUGACGGGGUAGUUCCUUCCGAAUAG